UAGCGCCGUCUGCAAGAAUUUCCCGAAUAUCUCAUUUUGUCACGUGACACUGGGAUGUCGGACACCGCGGCGUUGGUGAACGCCUCAUUGGGCAGAGGCAGGACAGCGGGACAGUUUGGAGGAAGAGGAGGACCGCACUCUGAUUACUCACUUUCACACUCAGAGCGGGUAUGGUCCUUUCUUUAUGACGAUUUUCCUCCUUGAUAUUGCGAAGAACGGAAGAAUAACAAGGAAAGGCAUCAACCCUUUCUUUGGUGUGCUCGUGUUCUGUUCGUGCAGCAGGAGCCACAAUGGCCGGACUAGGUGGCUCCCCGGAAAUGAGGAUGCAGAAGACUUAUGUCGAUGCGCACAACCCCAGAGGCGGCCAUGACAGUUUCUUUGGAGUUCGGGUGCAGGUUCAAGGGAUUAAAGGUCAGCCCUUUGUAGUUCUGAACAGUUCUGGUGAAGAAAGCCACAGAGACGUAUCAGUCAUCACUCACCAGACUGGCUACAAACCGGGCAUGGUGAAGAGGUCCAUGGAUGGGACUAGCUCCUUGUCCGAGUUUCAUUACCAGAAACACCCAGAGAUCCUGAGACCGUACGACCCCAGAAGCAACAACCUCAACCAUCUCAACCCUUCGCAAACCCUUCCUGGGAAAAUAGGGGAUCGGACCAAAGCCCGGAUUCCGCUUCCAGCCGAAGGCCCGACAGAUGACCAGAACACGCCUCCAUUGGACAGACACCUCCCUGCAAGGUCCCCAAACUCAGUGGACUCUGAACCCUUCAUGUCUGUCGGCAAGCUAAUCACCCAGUUCAACAGUAGCCAGCGUAGAGGAAGGGGCGGCCCCAGAAGUCGUCUGGACCCGGAAGAAACGCGACGAUCACGUAGCGUGGACAGCGGUCGAGCUUCCGACUCGUCUUCCUCCUCAUCCAGCAGGACGUCGUCUCUGAAGGGGGGAAGCAGCGGUGUGACCUCUGGCGAGGUAUAUCCACCAGGGUCAGCCAGGGCUCGGCUGCUGGGUGGAGAGGCCAACAAGAGAGAAGAGAACAAACCCAGCAUGCAGUUUAAAGAUCAUCAUGGGAUUGACAUGGCAGCAAAAGUACUUCACAAAACAAAGGAAUCGCCGCAGAGCACUUGCGUAGAUGGAGCAAAGGAAAGAGACGCUCAGGUCACUCCUGAUCUUCUGAAAGGACAGCAGGUAUCGGUCGACCCAAAUGAAGACGCAGCGAAGCAAAUGCUCUUCACCUACCUCAAGGAAGGGACGACUGACGAAGUCUCUGUCACCCGGAGGAAAGUCAACCUGCUGCUUGAAAGGAUCAACAGACUGAAGUGGAAAACAGCUGAGAAUGUGGAGGAGGAGGAUCGGACAGUAGAGAUGAAGCGGCUGCUGGAGAAACAGGAAGCACUGGAGUCACAAGUGUAUGACUUGACGCAAAAAUUGGAAACCGAGAUGAAGAAUGAAAAGACACUUGCCAAAGCCUGCGAGAAGGCCCGGACGGAGAAGAAGAAGCUGCAGGAAGAGUUGUCCGAGAGUCAGGCCGAGGUCACCGACCUCAGAAACAAACUGAUGGAAAUCGAGUCGCAACUCAAGUCGACCCAAGACGAGUUGACUCAGAUGAUUGCAGACAGGGAACGUUCUAAAAUGCAGAUGAAGGACCUCCAGCAGCAGCUCUCCGAGAUGCACGAUGAACUGGACCAAUCCAAGAAGGCAGAAAUGAUAAAUGCGGAGAAAGAAGUCCUUCUGAAGGAUAUGGCCCAGCUGCGUGCAGACUUUCAGGAGAUGCUCUUAGUGAAGGAGGAGCGUGAGGAGCUUCUCCAACAGCAGGAGAAAGAGCUCAGCGACUUGAAGGGCGCCAUCAAAGAUGAAGUGGAGACCCACGAUAAAUACAUUGCCGCUCUGAAGGAAGAAUAUGAAUUUGAACUUCAGCAUUUGCUGAGAGAUUUGGAGAAGACGAGAGAGAGUAACGGUGUGCUGGGCCGAGAAAAAGUGGAGGCGUUGGAGGAGGGCGGUGCAGCCAAGGGGAAGGUGCAGGAGCUGAGUCAGCAAAGAGAUCAACUCAAGGCAAAAGUGCAGGAGCUGGGCAGCAAGGUGGAUCAGCUGAGCCGAGCCGUUCAGGAGUCGAAAGCGUCGGAGAGACUGCACGAGCAACGAGUGAAGCAACUGGAGAGGGAAAAGCAGCAGUUGGAGGAAGCACUGCAGGAUGUGAGGAGAAAUGAAGAGGAAAUGUGUCAGUCCAACCGCUCGCUGCUGGCUCGUCUGGAGGAAGUGCAAAGUAAGCUGACCAAACUCAACCACGAGCACAGGGACAUGAAAGAGAAGCUCAGGGUGGAGCGGAAACAAAUUGAGGAGUUGUGGAAGAGCAAAAGUGAGCUGGAGGAUGAGAGAAGGCUGCAGGACAGGACAGUGGAACAACUUCAGAGAAAGAUGAAUAGCAUCAUGGAAGAAUGCGAGGCAUCUACAGAUGUUCUUCAGAGCCAAGUCGACGAGGCCAAAGAGAGGAGUCAGAGGGAGUUGGUCGACCUGCGCAGACAGCUGCAGGAAAAAGGAGCUGAGCUGGAGAAAUCCCGACUAGCAGCCAAAAAGCUUCAGGAUGAGCUGCUUCCUCUGGAAGAAGAUCUGCGGAGGUGUCACAGGGAGCAGCAGGAGGCCCAGGCCAGGGCCCGGCAGCUGGAGCAAAGAGUGGAUGAGCUGGAGGAGAGGAACGCCACCAUGGUGGAUGAGCGCGAGCGGCACGUCAAACUCCUAGAGGGCCGCAUCGGUCAGCUAGAGGAAGACGUUAACGAUGAGCGCAGCACUGCUGACCGCCUGAUGGAGCGAUUAGACAAAACCAAAGAGCAGGUGGAUCAGAUGAGGAGUGAGUUGAUGCAGGAAAGAGCAGUCAGGCAAGACCUGGAGUGUGACAACACGAGUCUGGAAAGACAGAAUAAAGACCUGAAGAGCAGAGUGACUCAUUUAGAAGGAUCACAGAGGACCAACCAAGAUUCUCUCAUUUCCAAACUCAAUAGUCGCAUCCAAGAACUUGAGGAGCGGUUGCAAGGGGAGGAAAGGGACAACAACAAUUUACAGCAAGCCAACCGCAAACUGGAGCGCAAGGUGAAAGAGAUGAAGAUGCAGGCCGACGAGGAUCACGGCAACCUGCAGACGCACAGGGACCAGUUGACUCAGAGACUGAAGACGGCCAAGAGGCAGAUGGAUGAGGCCGAGGAGGAGAUCGAGCGCCUGGAGCACGCCAAGAAGAAGCUGCAGAGAGAGCUGGAGGAGCAGCUCGAGGCCAACGAGCAUCUUCACAGCCAAAUUGACACCAUGAGGAAAGACAUGAGGCGCAAACGGAAAUCGGCUCCUGCCAUUAAAGUGGCGGAGGAUGGCGACGGCUUGGAUGACACUGGUUCGGAUUAACUGGAUAAAAUAAUUCACAUUACGUUUGGACGUUUUUUUUUAUUUUUUCAGUAAUUCCAGUAACAACUCAUUUUACCCUGGCAUUGUGUUCACACUGACCUCCAGUGGCGUUGUUGUUAAUUACGUCAUGUGGCAACAAAAGCCAAAGUGCUCACGAUGUGGACUACAGUAUGAACAAAUACCAGCGAUACGUUUUCUGUUGCAGUGUUCUCAAAUUUAGCACAAACUCAAUCCCGUCAAACACAUUUGGGAUGAAUUAAACUAGAAAUUAUGAGCAAGGUCCAAUAUCAGUGAUUUCACAAAUGUUCCUCUGGAUCAGUGGUUCUUAAACUUGUUAGAACAGGGGUGCCCAUUAGGUCGAUCCUGAUCUACCGGUAGAUCUAAGACAGGUCCCGAGUAGAUCUGAAGAGUGUCGAAGAGAAAAAAAACAAACAACCAUUUGUGUGUCUUUGUACAUGUUCGUAACAUAUUUUUUUGUGUUCAUGUACGCUGCACCCUAAUCAUCCUAUCAGUCUCAUUUUCACAAAAUAAAUAUUAAAAAAAUAAAAUAAAGCAGGUAAAUCUUGAAUUUACGGUGGCGCCUGAUUACGUCACCGGAAGUUGUUAGCGCUCAGCAGUCUGCAAUUGCAGCUUGUGAUAAGAGCUGUUGCGCUCUAUCUUUUAUCGUCAUUCUUGUCAUUCAGAGUUUGCUUCGUGUACAAUUCACCGAGGGCACGGGCAAAGAAUAGGAAUCUAGGAGGGUCUAGGGAAGCACUUUAAAAUGGUACUUGUGAGCUACGAUAGUUUACAGGCUGCAGAAGUGUGUCGCAUGCCUCAGUUUCAGGCUGUUUCUCAUCAUGGCGUGUGUGUUUGUGUGUGUGUGUGUGCGCGUGCGUGCGCGCACGUCGGUAAGGGUGAGGUUAGUUGAUCGAAAAGUAGAUCUUCGAUCCGAAAAGUUUGGGCACCCCUGUGUUAAGAGGUAGCGAACCUGGCCAGUUCAUAUGCACGUUCAUCGAACCCUUCAUUCGUGAAAAUUAAAAAUGUGAUUUUUUUUUUUUUUUUUUUACAAAUUCAAGACAUUAAAAAACCCACAUUUAUUAAAAACAAAAAAAAUGUAAAUUACAUGGCCUAAUUAUAAUUUUUUAAAAUUGUAUAUCGUAUCACGACAGUCACAGGUGACUACUGAGCAAACAAAAUUUCCCGCAGCACUGAUUGGCCAAGCAAUGUAAUGUGAUCAUCUGCAGCCAGUGAUGGCCAAGCGGGCGUGUCAUAACUAAUCGCCAAGUUGAGUCAGGUGUGUCUUAACCUCCAUGGCAGAGGCUCCGUCGAACCCCUGAGACUGAUCCUCCGAACCCCCGGGGUUCGAUCGAUAUGUAAGUUCUGUGCACUGACCCCCUGUUUAUAAAUACGUUUGCCCACAUUGUGUAUGUUCAUUUAUAUUCUGUUUAAUUAAGGUUGAUCGGAAAUAUCUCCCCAACUAAUGGUUCCUUGUACUGUACUUUUCAAAAUAUGUAUUGAUGUUUAUAAACCUCCAGAAACUCCAUACCAAAAAAAUAAAUACGAAUAAAAAUCC